GAGAUAGACUGUUUGGAUCUUACAUUCCCAUAUUUGAUAUUCCGCCCAUGGCGGAGAUUCAUUCCUAACAGGUUUGAUCCUCAACAAUGGAGCUCUAAUCUAUCUGGAUCAUAACACUGAUGAUUUUGAAUAUAUAAUCACGAUGAAAUUCCUUCUUUCCUUCUUCUCGUACAUCAGGAACUAACUUGUAUACACUCUUUCUUCCAAACAAUAAAUAGUCUUCAAGACAUACCACAUUCACUUACUUGAAAUUAAAGUUUUUCAUCAUGAAGACCCAAACAAUUCUUUCAAUUCUUUUGGCUACGGCCCAUGUCGCUGCUGCUCAAGGAGGGCCAAUUCGUGGACCUGGGGGCACUGAUAUUGGGAACAACGGUCCUCAAGGUGGCAACGGUCCUCAAGGUGGAAACGGUCCUCAAGGUGGCAACGGUCCCCAAGGUGGAAAUGGUCCUCAAGGUGGCAACGGUCCCCAAGGUGGCAACGGUCCUCAAGGUGGAAACGGCCCCCAAGGUAAUGGCCCUCAAGGUGGAAGCAAUGGUGCUGGAGGAUGGAAGCCAGAACCAGCACCAUCAAAGGAAACUACCAUUUCCGAGGCUUACGGAUCAUCAAACUCCGGAGCCAAUCAACAAUCAGUUUGCCAAUGUUACCCAGAUGAUGGCACUAACGCGCCAUCUCUGACUGCAGCUACCAGUCAGGAACAAGGUGCCAACUCAGACAGUGGUACAUCAUUCACUCACAUCGUGGACACUACUCCUCCUAAGAAGCCAUGGAAGCGUCAACGUGGUGGAGAAGACAGCGAAGAGGGAGGACCCGAGGCACAAAGCGGCGCAGGAGGAUGGAAGCCAAAGCCAAAGCCAACCAAGCCAGAAGAAGCCGCUGCUUCGGCGUCUGUUGAUGCUACUCAAGUCGGUAUCAAUGCUGCUGGAGGUGCCGGUUCUGCUGCAGGUCCAUGGGGAGCCGUCUCCUAUGCCGGCCCCGCAAUUGGUGCCAACUAUCAAGACAUUGAUGGAAACUGCGUGUGCCCACCAGGUCAAUCGCCCCACAAGCCAAAGCCAAAGGGCGAUGCUGAGGGAGCACCCGAAGAAGAAGGUGAGGCAACCGACCCAGCAACUGGCGGUCCAUCCGGAGGAAAGCCUGACGGAGGAAAGCCUGAUGGAGGAAAGCCUGAUGGAGGAAAGCCUGAUGGAGGAAAGCCUGAUGGAAACGGUAACGGAAACGGAAACGGAAAUGGAAAUGGAAAUGGGAACGGCAAUGCCAACGGUAACCUCAAUGGCAACGCCAACCUCAACGCCAAUGAGAACCAGAACUUGAAUGCCAACAUCAACAAGAACGAGAACGUUAACAUCAACGGUAACGCAAAUGCAAACAUCAACAAGAACUUGGGAUUCAACUUCGGUAGCAACAGCAAUGGAUGGGGAUCCUGGUUCGGAGGAAGCAAGGCCGCUGCCGUCGUUGCCGACCCCGCCGCCUCGGGUACUCCUGUCGCCGCCAGCGAUGCCUCCGGCAUUGUCGGUGCCACUGAGUCAUUCGUUCCAGAAGCAUCCACCGGAGAUGUUUCCGGUAUUGAGCAAUUCACCGGUGCUGGAUCCAGCAUUGCUAUCUCCGCAUGGGGGUUCCUUGCAGCCGUCUUCGCCAUUGCCAACGUUCUGUAGAUUAAGUAUCAGUAUACUUGGUCGACCUCUUCGUUUGUCUGCAGGACUAUUGGGCUUUCUUUAUUUUUAUUCAUCGCGGUUCGCAUGUUUUGUUUGGGGGUUAUUUCGAUUCGACAGCGACACGUCUCUAAGACUGUGUUUGCAUUAUAUUGGAGACGGGCAGAUGAGGCAUUUCUGUGAUUUUUAAUCUUAAUUGAAAAGCA